AUGAAGCUUGCGGACUUGGAAAGGAUCCUUGGAGAAAGCCUUCAAGGGCUCCCCUCCAUACACAGCUAUCGCUAUGGGCCACAGGCAGAGAAAGAUGUCAUCCAGCUUCUCUUCCACUCCUUGACCGGCUUUAACGGGGACUAUCUCCGUAUACUAUUUCCCGAUGGAGUCCCGGCCGGGACGUGGAAAUUAGCGGAAGCCCAGGGUGCGAAAGAAGGUGCGGAAUACACCGAGGCGGCGCGGGGAAAACGUUGUGGUCAUAUUUUCAGGGCCGGCGAGGCAACAUACCGCUGUAUCACCUGCGCCGCGGACGACACCUGCGUUCUGUGCAGUCGCUGCUUCGACGCUUCCGACCACACCGGUCAUCAGUAUCAAAUCUCUCUGUCGUCGGGAAACUGCGGCUGCUGUGACUGUGGGGAUGAGGAGGCAUGGCGACUGCCGUUGUUCUGCGCCAUUCAUACCGACAGUGACGAUAAGAAGGGCAAACAGCGGGCUCAGACUCAGCUGCCGCGCGAUUUCCUGGAUAGCAUCAGGUUGACCAUCUCGCGAGUGCUGGAUUAUUUCUGCGAUGUCAUUUCUUGUUCCCCUGAGCAGCUGCGACUGCCGAAGACGGAAGAGGGAAUCAAGCAGGAUGAAGAGGCAUCUCGGCUACGUCCCGGGUGGUAUGGAAAUGGAGAUGAAGCCGAAGAAGAGCCGGAGUUUGCACUUGCCCUCUGGAACGAUGAGAAGCAUACCAUCCGCGAUGUCGCUCAUCAAGUCAGCCGGGCUUGUCGGGAACGGGACCGCUUUGGUAAUGAUAGAGCCCAUGAGACGAAUGAUAUAGGAAGGAGUGUCGUCAAGUAUUCCAAGGAUCUGCAGAGAUUGCUGGCGGUGUCUAAGAUCAUCGAGCAGAUCAAGGUCACGGUUACGAUCCGGUCUGCCCGCGACACGUUCCGCGAGCAAAUGUGCGGGACCAUCGUGGAGUGGCUGGCAGAUAUAUCUGGCUGCAGUAUACUGGACGAUAACGAGAUUCUACGCCACACUGUGUGUGAAGCACUCCUGAGUACGUGGCGACAUGGCAGUAAUGCCGUUAAUGCAGAUGUUGGAAUGAAGGGCAUCGACGACCAUCAAAGGACGGAGAAUGCCCCGUACCGCACUGUCAUGCUCACGGUGUCCCCCCAGGGGCAGGUGGUUUUGGCUGCCGAUGACGACGACGACGAGGAUGAAGAAGAUGAAGAGAUUCAAAUUGAUAAUGAAUUGGGUGGUGAUGGAGACGAAGACUUCGUGGAGACCCAUGAUGAUGAUGCUGACGAUGAAGACGACGACAUGGAGCUUGAAAUAACCCGACUACGUGGGGAGGUCGAUGAUGAUGAAGACAUGGUCAUGGGCAAUGCGGAUGACGCUUUUGACAUUGCUCAGACCAUCCUUGGUCUUGCUGGAGGGCCUGCGUCUCCCGGCACUCGCGCUCAGCAACCACGGGAACAAGAAUCACUAGCAACAUCCGAAAACCAGGAUGAGGAUCAGAGUAUGCAACAACCAGAAAACGAGUCCAACUCCGUCGAAACCUGUGAGCUUCCGCCCAUGUCGUAUGUGGCUAUUCCUAAAACCCCCUCGGGCGUGGUCAAACCCUCGCCUGCGAAGACCCCGAGUCACUGGCAGGUCCGGCCUUCCCUCCCGGCCAUCGGGGAGCACAUCCCUCCCUACGAGGAUUUGUGGCAGCGGACACGCCUGGACUGGAUGAUCCUAUUUGACCUUCGUCUAUGGAAGAAGACCCGGACCGACCUUCGCGAUUUGUACAUUGGCACCGUCGUCAAUGUUCCUCAAUUCAAGAGAAUCAUGGGUUUACGUCUGUCGGCCCUGUACACGGCGCUCGCGCAGCUGUACCUGAUCGCAGACCGGGAGCCAGAUCACUCCAUCGUCAACCUCUCCCUCCAACUUCUCACGACCCCCUCGAUCACGGAGGAGAUCGUGCUUCGCGGGAACUUCCUCACCAAGGUUAUGGCCAUCCUGUAUACCUUCCUAACGACGCGGCAGGUUGGUGAACCGUACGAAGUAAAUCCGAACGCAACCCUGGCUUUUGAUGCCGGUUCUGUGACCAAUAGACGCUUGUACCAUUUCUUCCUGGAUCUACGAUAUCUCCUGCAGUCCGAAUACGUACAGAACCGUGUGCGGACGGAGGAACCCUAUCUUUCCCAGUUCUUGGACCUUGUCAAGCUGUCGCAGGGUAUUUGCCCUAACGUGCGUGCGGUUGGGGAGCAUGUUGAGUACGAGACGGACGCCUGGAUCAGUGCCUCAAUUCUUAUGCGAGAGAUCAACCGUUUAUGCCGUCAGUUCUGCGAGGCCUUCCGCAACCCGGAGGUCGAUGGCGGCCAAAAGCUGUUGCGGGCACUUCGAACGGCAACCAUUGCGGCAGUGGUUCAUUCAACGGGAGUUGAGCGCAAGCGGUUUGACCAGGCUGAGAUUAAAGAAUACGUACGGUUCAAGACCCUACCCCCGCUGGACUUCGAAGUCGACCAGCAGCGAGUCCCCGUGGAACGCGGCUCGAUGAGUUUCCACCACGCCCUCCACUACACACUGUCGUGGCUGCUGGAAUGUGGCCGCAAUGUGAGCAACACUCUGAUGCGGGAUGUGCUUCUGAGUGCUGCGCAUGCUGGAAAUGAAAAGUUUAUCCACGAUGGUCAGCUGGCUCCUGAAGACCUGCUGCUGUCCAUGUUUGAUUAUCCUCUCCGGAUGAAAGCCGGCAUGUGGGUGCGCAACGGUCUCAGUCUGAGGCACCAGAUGUCCCAGUACCGCGGCGUGUCGUCCCGCGACUUUGCCUACUAUCGUGACAUCUUCCUUCUUCAGACCGCCCUAGUGACUUGUGACCCGAGCCGGGUCCUGGCGUCAAUCGCGGACCGGUUUGGCAUGAUCGACUGGAUGACCAGAGACUAUAUGCCACGGGCAGGCUAUGAAGACAGCCAGAUCAUCGACGUCGCUGAGGAGUUUGUGCAUCUGCUGGUCAUCCUGCUGACGGACCGGACCUCGCUCAGCGCCGUGGACGAUAGCGACAGCGCGACGCGCGAAAACAUGAGCCGCGAUAUUGCCCAUGUCCUGUGCUUCAAGCCUCUUUCUUUUUCGGACCUGUCUACUCGCCUUAGUGAUAAACUACUUGACUCGGAUAUGUUCCAGACUGUACUCGACGACGUUGCGGGAUUCCGUCCGCCGGAAGGCCUGAACGACACGGGAACGUUUGAGCUGAAGCCGGAAUACAUCGACCUUAUUGAUCCUUAUAGCGCCCACUACAGCAAGAACCAGCGAGACGAAGCAGAGAACAUCUACCGGGAGUGGGUGGCUAAGAAAACUGGGAAGAAGGCAUCUGACAUCGUCUUCGAGCCGAAGCUACGGCAGAUCACAUCCGGCGCGUUUUCGGACCUUCCUCGGUUUACCAGGACGCUGGUCUUUGCCCAAAUCGUGCACCACUGCUUGGACUAUGUCGUGUCGUCCAAGGAGCGUACCCCGUCCAUCCCAUCCACCCGUGUGGAGACCUUCCUGCAGGUUGUCCUCCACCUGAUCCUGGCGGCAUCACUCGAGGACAGCAGCGAAGGAGAGGGAACGUCAGAUGGGUCCUCCCCGUCAUUUGUGUCGCACGCCUUGACCAAGGCCAAGGACACUACUCAGGCCGGUCCAUUGACGAUCGUUGGGCUUCUGGAGAAGAUUUCGGUCAUGACUGAAUUCUCCGCCUGUGGGCCAAAGAUCCGUCAUAUCCUAAAGAGGCUCUGGCAGAAGCGCCCUCAGGCGUACGCCUCUGCUACCGCUUCUCUCAAGUUCCCGUUCGAUCGAGUCGACACCAGCUCGCCAGCCAUCGAUACGGACAAUGAGAAGGAGAUGAAAAAGAAACAAGCCCUGGAAAGGCAAGCAAGGGUCAUGGCCCAAUUUCAACAGCAACAACAAAAUUUCCUCAACAGCCAAGGUGCAAUUGAUUGGGGCGAGGAGGACUUUAGCGACCUGGAGUCCGAACCUGAAACGGCUCCGGAAUCCAAGCUGUGGAAGUACCCUAGCGGGACCUGCAUUCUUUGCCAGGAAGAGACCAAUGACUCGCGCCUCUACGGAACAUUCGCCUUGAUCCAAGACAGCAGCAUCAUGCGGUUAACCGACAUCCGCGAUCCUGACUGGAUUCGGGAGGUAAUUAGGACCCCAGCCAGCCUGGACAAGUCCGCGGAGCACAUCCGUCCAUUCGGCGUGGCGGGAGAGAACCGCACCACAGUUCGCCGACUGGACUCGACCGGUGGCGAAGUGAUCAGCGAGAAGGUCGGGUUGAGUAAAGGCUUCAACGCGAAGAACACGCUUCGCGGGCCGGUUACCACGGGCUGUGGACACAUCAUGCACUACUCGUGCUUUGAAGUCUACUUCACUGCCACCCAUCGCCGUCACACGCAGCAGAUCGCGCGCAAUCACCCGGAGCGUCUGCUCAACAAAGAAUUCGUUUGCCCUCUCUGCAAGGCCCUGGGCAACUCCUUCCUUCCCAUCAUCUGGAAGGGCAAGGAGGAAUCAUACCCGGGGGCGCUGACUCCGUCUGUAUCCUUUGAAGAUUUCAUCAACACAGAGCUCAAGUCAUCCCUCUCGCAACCUCGCCACUACGCACUGCUCACGGAGAACAACGACUUGCAGGUCCAGUCGUCGUACCAGGAACUAUUCACCAGUUAUCUAUCCAAAACAUUGGUUCCUCCGCUGGCGACUAAAGUUGAACUGCUCAUCUCGCCGUCUCUUCCAUCAACUGCACAUUAUCUGCCACAGGCGAGAAUGCCGAUGCCCGGAAUCUUCCCAUUGCAAGAAGACAACACAACUACCAGCCCGAUGCAACAAGCUCCAGCCCUCAGCGGUAGCCCCAUGUCCGAGCUUGUGCAGAUUUACAAGCGAUUGAAGCAAACCAUCCGGAUGAAUCACAUUCCAUCCACAUUCAAUCAUCAUCCGGAUACCACCGAGACGAAUGACCUGUUACACACCGAUUCAUUGUUCCAGAGCUUCGGCUUCAGUAUCGCCGCUGCCGAGAUAUCCCAGCGCGGAGUUGAAUCGGAGCCAGGAUCGACACUGCUAGACAAAAUUCCUCAGUUGACAUUGACGCAUCUCCGGGUUUUAGCCGAGAGUGCGCUGUCCUAUGCUGCGGUUGGCUGUGUAUACAAUGCCAACGGGCCUCAUACUCACAGCGGAGAUGAAUUCCAAGAGCUGCACCGUCAGAAGAUUUGUCAGCUUUUCAUCGGCCAUCCCUGCCUGAAUGGCACCGCCCUGCUGAAUGACGUGCGUGAAAUUGAGCCGUUGCUAGCUAAGGACACAUUUGUGUUCUUGGCCGAGUGCUCCCUUUCUCUCUUGCCAGUGUUGCCGAUUGAUAUACGUCACCUGAUCCAGAUGUGCUACGUGGCGGAAAUGGUCAAGGUCGCGGUCACCUUCAUUCUCUGUCCCCAGGGCCUGAAGGAGGAGCUAGCCCAGCAUGGUGACGACCAGUACUUGUCGGCAUUUGACCAAUCGGACCCUCGAUUUGACGCUAGUCGCCACUUCUUCAACUCCAUAGUUGCCGAGCUCAAAGCCAACUCGGUGGGCCGCGCCGGAGGGUCGUCUUUCCCUGCCGAAACUGGCUAUGUUAGGGAUGGUGAAGAUGCUGUCACUCCUGAGGUCCUGAUCUCGCUGAGACGUCUUGUGUCGAGCUAUGCCUUGACGUUCCUCCGGAAGGUGGUGAUUCUGCUCCAUGUUCAGCACGGCGUUGAGUUCCCGAACACCGGCUUCCACGACGUAUAUGCCUCGGAGCUGGACCGCCUCACCAAGAUCCUGAAUCUGCCAUCGGUCGACCAGAUCUUCGCCUCCAUUAGCUCGGCAAGGGAGAGUGGCAAACCGUUCGAUGCCGUGGUCUCUGGGUGGAUAUUCCACUGGAAUGCAUCCCGCUCGGGCAUUCGGUUGGCCGAUCACAAGCUGUGGCCCAGCCUUCCCCACCCUGCCAUUUUCGAAUUAGUCGGACUUCCCAAGUACUACGACAGUUUGAUUGAAGAGGCCAACCGGCGGCGGUGCCCGAACUCGAAGAAGGAAUUGAGCGACCCCAGUAUUUGCCUCUUCUGCGGUGACAUCUUCUGCUCGCAGGCUGUGUGCUGCAUGGAGAACAAGCUGGGCGGUUGUAACCAGCACGUUCAGAAAUGUGGCAAGAAUAUUGGACUGUUCAUCAACAUCCGCAAGUGCACCGUGCUCUAUCUACACAACCAGAAUGGAUCAUGGCACUAUGCACCCUACCUGGACCGUCAUGGCGAGGUUGACCCGGGCCUCCGACGGAACCGCCAACUGAUCCUGAACCAAAGACGUUACGACCGGCUGCUUCGAGACGUGUGGUUGUCGCAUGGCAUCCCGGCGACGAUCAGCCGCAAGCUGGAGGCGGACAUCAACAAUGGAGGAUGGGAGACGAUCUAGACAGAUUGCCGGGGGACUUGAAAUGGAUGAGCUGAACUUUACAUAGUAUAUUGACUGGCCUGAUGUGUCAAAAGCUUAUGACGUAUGCAUUGUCGGUUACCGAACUCUUAUAUAGUUAUUUGACUACAGUAAUGCCAUUGAUUCGUACAUAGUUCAAC